AUGAAGAAAUCGACAAAAAAACGUUCCAGGCGACAAGGUAUUAAGAGCACACAGCUGAAGCGAGAAAUCAAACGCAAUAAACCUGCAGGGAUUAAACCCAUUCUCUACACAAGGCGUUUGAAAUCGCGUAAACAAAGGAAGAUCAAAGAGGUUGAUCCCCAACUUUGGAGCAAUGCGUUAGACUCUGGGUUGGACGAUGAUCCCCUGAGCGACGAUGAACAGAGGCCUCCCUCGAGCUUCCUUGAAAUGAUAGGACGCAUAAAUGAAAAAAAGAGUGAUACAGGAAACAUGCUCAAGAAACCUGACGUGAUUCCUAAACAAGGCGAGAAUGAGACGCCUGAAAGCUACGCACGGCGCCUGGAUAGCUGUGUGCAGGACGAGUUGAUGAGGAUAGCUAUAGAAAAGGCUGACAAGGCUCCUCUCGUCGACCCUGAAACGUACAAGUCAGAAAAGGCCAGAAGAGCAUUAAAGCGUUUAGCGAUGAAGAAAGCAAGGAAGAAGGCGUUUAGAAUGGAGAAGCAUUUGACUGGUUUCGAACACCUUAAGGAUGAGGUGGCGUUCAAUGAGGUCGUACAAGGGCCGCCGGUGUUAACGACGAAACCGAAGAAGGUGGGAGGCGGUUCUAGGUCAUUCGUCGCGAUUAAGUUACACUAUGUUGUCACAGUGUUGUUUUGUCAGGGUGUCGUUGUGGGUGGUCUUUUGUCCAGAGUGCUAUUCGCUCUCCUACAGUGGUGUCCGGAUAACGUCUUCUCUCUUAAUGCAAUUUUUACGAUGGACCCAGAUGCAUUGAAAUUGCUAGAACCCAUUGGUGCUUGCGAACAGCUUAGCGGGUUAAUGGUGACCGAAGUGGGUGGCCGACCACGGGCAGUGUCGAAGACGGUGCCUAACAGAAGUGAUGAACUAAGCAGUGCCUUGGUUUUUCCUUAG